GCUACAGGUCAGCAACGUUUCAUGUAUAUUGACUUUGGUGUAAAUAUUGUAGAAUUUAGGGUGUUACAUUCAGUAAUAAACUGUCUUACAAUCAGAGAAGCUUGGUCAAACAAUAUGGUUUAAAAAUAUGGUUCGCGAAAACUAAACAUAUGUUUAGUACUGAAUAUGCAGUACUGGCAACUGUUCCCAAUCUCCCUAUUAUUAGGUAAUAUUCUUGGGAAUUAAUAGAUGAAACCCGAAAUUUCCCAAAACUUCGGGGAUUUUUCUCAGGCCUGGGAAAACUUCGGGGAAAUGGCACAAAAAACUCGAAAUUAUCGCAUAGUUUUCUAUUACAGUUUCCCUCAAAAUUUACCCAUGGUAGAUAAAAGAUUUCCGGAAAAUAGAGUUGUUGGGUUGUUUUCGUUUACAAUCGUAAAAUACGAAUAAGCGAUAGCAAGGAACUGAAAGUAGGAAUCUCUAGCAAGAAUCGAUAUGCUCUUCAGCAGCAAUGUUUACAGAUGUCUUUUAAAUAUGCAUUGGGAGAAAUGGUGAAUCCUUUCCUAUAUCUCACUAAAGAAAUAUCUCUUAAUUCACACUUCAAUCUCCGCCUAAACUUGCAUCAAUGUACCAAUGCUGAUAUUCUCUCAAACUACUGUUUAAAUAUUUGCAAAUAGACGGUUUAUCACGUGAAAAUCGAACUUCCAAACCAAUCAAACUGCGUCAUGAAGAAGCGAUUAAAUCGAUCUGUCGGUUGUUUUGGAUUUAGAUCUAUUCAUCUUUUUUCAAACACAGCGAUUACCAAACUCUGAUCCAGACCCCAAAACGUAUAACAAAGGACAAAAUUUACCAGCAUCUAGUGAUUAUGACCUAAUGUUAAGUAGUCUAGUAAAAGAAAAUGAUGCCUCCUCAUGUUCCACUUCUCAAGUAACCAAUACUAGUGUGCAUAAUAGUAAUCUAUCACACACAAAAACUAGCAACGCCGAGGAAAAUGGAAAAUACUUAGUGUUUGGCGGUAAAGUUUCCGAACCUCGUGCCCCACGUAUUUCUAAUGUCAGAAAACAACAACCGAUGAAAUUUCAAUCUCGUACACUCAGUCCUUCCGAUAAUCAAGAUGUACAUGAGUCGUUGCAAAGAAAUUUUAUCCUUAACUGCUCAUCUGUUUCAACAUUGAAGCGUAACUCUUCCGAAACAAGAAAAACUGAUGAUUUCGAUCUACAAUUUGAAAAGCAAUUAAAUAAUGGUAGUAGACAUUAUGACCUAAAUAAUGAUGUAUCAGAAGAUAUUCACAAUUACUUAUUGAAUUCUCCAUCCUGUACAAAUUUACUAAACACUGUAACUGCCAAAUGUUCAGAUAAAAAGUUGAUUUCCAAGACGGUAGGUCUUGGAAUUCCUACACAAAGGCCAAAUCAUCCUCUAAAACUUUCUCCAUCUUUUAUGGAAUCAACUUCAAUGAAAACUGUUAAUGAUUCUUUGCGUCAUGAAUUAAAGCAUCCAUCUAGUUUCCUGUUUGCUAAUGAACAAAGAGAAAUGGUUGAGGAAUUACAAGCAACAAGAAUUAUUCUUUUGAAACUGAAACGUUUAUUAGUCGAGACUCCGAUUUCGGGAAAUAAUCUUUAUUCUUCGACUUUCAAACCAACAAAUCUAUGUAACGACUCGUUGCAUUCCCUCAACUUUACCAUGUGUCAUUGUAAUGUAAAUCAAAGUCGAUUUCUGCUUGUUCCCUCAGUUGCCGAAGAUAAUCGACCAAUACCCUCUAUCUGUAACAAAUCAAUCAAUAGAACUGGUCUCGAAGAGCUUAUUGAUAGCCUUGCACAGCUUCACUUUGAAAAAUCAGAAAUUCUAUGCGCUACCUAAUAACUGUAAAUCAACGUUUUAUCGCUUCAGAACUACUACAUAUCCUGAGGAUUUGGAUACUUAAAUAUAUUUUUUAAAGUUCUAGCAGAUAUCUGGCGCUUCUUUUGGGAAGUUUUUCUUGGUAAAUUUUCCAUGACCUUCCUAAUUGUAACUUUCCUCAAGAUGCAGCUGAUAUACUUUAUUUCAAAAAAGUGGAUUUUUAUUUAUGCCGUUUUGUUUUGUGUGUCUAUUCUGGUCCUAGCUUAACUUGAUAUAUUUAUGUAUGUCUAUUCAAACUUUAUUUAUUCAGAGAUAGUGCCACUACUUUCAAAAAGAAAUUUAUUUAAUUUCCGGAUUUUUUAAAAUGCAUUCCUCAGAACACAGUAUGGUUUUUUGAGAUUAUCAACUGUGAUGCCCUUUAUUUAUUUAUGCACGUUUGGUAUUGAAUGUUUUUAUGCAAUAAUAAUUUUAAUCAAGAA